AGAUUCUUGUCUCGUGUGGCGUUUACGCCCGAGCGAAGCGAGAAACUCUUUACCGAACAUGUGCCGUACCGUAUUUUUUUAUACGACGUAUGGAAAGCGCGAUUUUCAACGCACGUUUUUUGUCGAGCGUGCGAUUUUCAACGCACUUUGAGCACGGAGUGUCGAAAAGAAGUUUAUUAAAUAAUAAUAAUAAUAAUUUAUUUUGAUCAUAAAAUAAAAAUUUUAAUAAUGUUUUACAACGUUGAACCAGCAAUAAUCCAGUGUUUGUCAGGUCUAAUCAGGCUUGAUCUAGUGAAGGUCCAAGCUGCGUUGUGAGGCAGACUGGCAAGUGUGGCAACGGCGUUGGUGCGUGUAGCGUGUCUAUUCAAAAUAUAACCUCAAUCUGCAAUGCACACGUGCGGUCAUUAAGUCAUCGUACUUCAUACACAACAUGAUAAACAUGUAUAAUAAAUUUUCUUCCCGAACAUAAAAAGAUGUUUGAAUUUUAAUGAAUAAUUUAAUUGGUGUAUAAAUAAAGUUAUCGAGAUAAGUUUAUAUCAACAGAUUAUUUUUUAUCAGUUAAUCAUGUCAGCACCAGAAAGUGAUGUUGUUUCACACAAACAACAUAGAGAAAGAAAUGCUGGUCGUAAGGCAGAUAAAAAGAAGGCACAGCAACAAAGAGAAGAAGAUCCUAAAAAAAGAAAUCCUAAAGCCUUCACAUUUAAUUCUGCAAUCAAAGCAGAAAGAAGAUUCAGGCGUAAGCAAGAUAUAGAAACAAAAAAACAACAUAUUCCAGUUGUGGACAGAACUCCGUUAGAACCACCACCAAUUUUAGUAGCUGUUGUUGGACCACCAAAAGUAGGAAAAUCUCUAGUUAUACAAUGUCUUAUAAAAAGCUUCACAAAACAACCUUUGACAAGUAUCAUUGGUCCUGUCACAUUGGUGUCAGGCAAAAAAAGAAGAAUUACAUUUAUAGAAUGUAAUAAUGACAUAAACAGUAUGAUAGAUAUCGCUAAGGUUGCAGAUUUAGUUUUAUUAUUGAUAGAUGCCUCUUUUGGAUUUGAAAUGGAAAUAUUUGAAUUUCUAAACAUAUGUCAAGUACAUGGUAUGCCACGUAUUAUGGGUGUUUUGACACAUUUGGAUAUAAUUAAAAAUGCCAAACAAAUGCGUAAGACUAAAAAGUUACUGAAACAUCGUUUUUGGACUGAAGUCUACUCUGGAGCAAAGUUGUUUUAUCUUUCCGGUUUACUGCAUGAAGAAUACCUAAGAUUGGAGAUUAAAAAUCUAGCAAGAUUUAUCUCAGUGAUGAAACUCAGACCUCUUAUCUGGAGAACAACACAUCCUUAUAUCUUAGUUGACAGAAUUGAAGACUUGACUGAUCCUGAAGCUAUUCGACAGAAUCCAAAAACUGAUAGAACAGUUUCUGUUUAUGGAUAUGUUCGUGGUAUAGCAUUUAACAAAGAAUCAUCAAUACACAUAGCUGGCUGUGGAGAUCAUAAAAUCAAGAAUAUUAGCUUCUUGUCAGAUCCAUGCCCACUUCCAGAACAAUUAAAGAAGAGAGCUUUAGUUGAAAGAGAACGUUUAAUAUAUGCUCCAUUCUCCGGUGUGGGUGGUAUAGUUUAUGACAAAGAUGCAAUAUAUGUGGAAUUAGGUGGAAGUCAUUCACACAAAAAAGAAGACUCCAAUUUUAUAGGCAAUCUACUUCAAACUAAAGAAACUUUAGAUCAGAAAUUGGAAAAAAGUGAACUGCAAUUCUUCACAGACUCUGCCCCAAUUAAAUCUGAAGAUGUCAAACAAAUAUUUACUGAAGAGGCAAUUAUAGAUCAGGGUAGAGUAAGAAGGAAAGUAAUUUUUAAUGACUCAAAAGAUGCAAACAAGAAACUAAUUGAUAAAAGUGAUAAUGACAAUAACGAUACCGAUGAUGCCGAUGAUUCUGCCGAUGAUUCUGCCGAUGAUUCUGCCGAUGAUUCUGCCGAUGAUUCUGCCGAUGGUGAUGCCGAUGGUGAUGCCGAUUAUGACAAUGACAAUGACGAAGACGAUGAAUAUGAAGACCUAGAAAACGACCAGGAAAAUGACGAUGACAAAGGUGAAUUAAAAAAUCAAAGAUCAAAAAAAAGAAAAGCUGUUCAAAAAUCGUCAGGUGAAAAAAAAGCAAAAUUAGAUCUUUCAGCUGGUACUGAAGAAAAUACCGAAGUUUAUCGAGAAUUGAGUAAGAAUCAGGACAAACAUGUAAAGGAUAGAAUUUCAGAAGCUCUUAGUUUAUUAAGUAGCAGUAGCAAGAACAAAAGACCUCCGUCAUUAUCUAAGCAUAAAGACGACGAAGAAAGUUUUGAUGAGCUAAGUGAAGACGAUGAUAUGGAUUUUGAACUGAGAUUAGAAAAUGUGAGUGGUGAUGAGAUCGACAACAACGAGGACGAAAAUGAUGAAAAUGGAGACGAAGGUAGUGAAAAUGAAAAUGAAGAUGAGAAAAGUAAUAUCAAGUGGAAGGAAAACCUUGCCCAAAGAGCAAAAGAAGCUUUCCUCGAACGACAACAAACUAAAGUAAACAUUAUGAAACAAGUAUACGGAGUCUUUGACGAAGUGAAUAAAUCCUUAAUAGAGACAAACAAUGAUGAAGAUGAGGCUGAAGAAGUCGGUGGUAUUUUCCGUGUAGUGCAAGCUAAAGAGAAACAAAAAAUUGAAGACCGAGAACUUCAGAAUCAAGAAGCAUCUAUUUUGAUGAAAGAAGACUCUCGCGAUUGGCUUGAUAAUAAUAAUAAAGCUCUAAUUAUGAAUUUGUUCGUCACUGGCAAAUGGAAAGAUUCUGAGGAUGCUGAAGAGCUUUUAAAACUAGAUUCUUUGGAAGAUGAAGUAUACGGAGACUUUGAAGACUUUGAAACCGGCGAAAAGCACGAAGCAAAAGAAGCUAAAGCUGUUCCAAAAGAAAUGAAAUCUGAAGAGCUAGAUGAGCGAAGUAAACUACUCGAAAAGAAGAAAAAAUUAAAGGAACAGUUCGACGCCGAGUAUGAUACCAGUGAUAAGACAUAUUACGAUAACUUAAAGAUGGAAGUUGAGCGUCAAGCUGAACUCAACAAAAAUGAGUUUGAAGAUCUCGACGAUAGUACACGUGUUACUUUUGAAGGUUUCCGUCCUGGCAUGUAUAUUCGACUAGAGAUUGAAAACGUCUCGUGUGAAUUGAUCACGAAUCACGAUCCCAGUUAUCCUAUGAUAGUCGGUGGUUUGUUACCUGGAGAGGAAAACUCUGGCUACGUGCAAACGCGUAUCAAGAAACACAGAUGGUACUCGAAAAUAUUAAAGAGUAAAGAUCCGAUUAUUUUAUCUAUUGGUUGGAGAAGGUUUCAAUCGAUUGCUAUAUACUCUAAAUUAGAGGACAACAUGAGACUUCGUAUGUUGAAGUAUACACCAGAACACGUCGCUUGUAUGGCUCAUUUCUAUGGUCCAAUUACACCCCAAGGCACAGGUGUUCUCGCGGUUCAGGAUGUCGCUAAACGAGAUCCCGGUUUUAGAAUAAUAGCUACAGGUUCUAUCGUCGAACUCGACAAGAGUCAAAAUGUUGUGAAAAAACUUAAACUCACCGGAAUUCCCUACAAGAUUUACAAGAAAACAGCUUUCAUUAAGGACAUGUUCAACUCUACCCUCGAGGUAGCUAAAUUUGAAGGUGCUAAAAUCAAGACUGUCUCUGGUAUAAGAGGUCAAAUAAAGAAACCAGUAUCGAAUCCCGAAGGAUGUUUCCGUGCAACUUUCGAGGACAAGAUCCAACUAAGUGAUAUCGUAUUUUGCCGUACUUGGUACAAAGUUGAUAUUCCAAAAUUCUACAAUAUAGUCAAUUCCCUAUUAAUGCCGCCAUCGGAGAAGAGCAACUGGACUGGUAUGAAAACCACUGGACAAUUGAAACGCGAGCGCAACAUUAAAGCUGAGCCGAAAACUUACAAAGACAGUCUGUACGUUCCCAUCGAAAGAGAACCGAAAGUCUUCAAACCACUCUUCAUUCCACGAGGACUGCAAAAAGAAUUACCAUACAGGGACAAGCCAAAAAUUCUUCCAGUAGCCGGCAAGAAAAAGAAUAAAUUCGAGAACCAACGUGUUGCUGUGGUCAGAGAGCCUAGGGAAGAGAACGUCGCAAGGCUCAUGAAGAUGAUCAGGACAAAUUAUGCUCAUAAGCAAGAAAAACUAAAGGAAGCUACUCACAAACGUAUGACUGAAUACGAGAGACGAGUCAAGGAAGAGGAAGAGAAAAAGCUUAGACGACAGAAGCAGAUGAAGAAACAAGUGUUCAGGGAACUGAGCAAACUUGAAGCUAAGAAAAAGAGAGGAAUAUAAAUAAGGGAUGUUACAUUGUUUUUGUAUAUAGA